AGGAGCAUUUAUGACACUUUAAAGCAGAGCUGUUUCCUGGAAAAUAUGGUGGGGGUGUUUGGAAUCACUUUUCCUGACGACAAUUCUUAAAGCAUUUUAUGGUUGUACCAACCCAAUCCAAUGGCUUUCACUUUGUGGUAUCCAAAGAAUCAGAUACCUUCCUUUCUUUCCUCAUCUCCUUUAACCACUUAGAAGACCAAGACUUGUGAGUGGUAGUAACAUUUUAAAUGGCCUCCAAAAUUCACUAAAAUGAAGAAAAAUUUAACAUAAAAUGGGUAGCAUAUUCAGUUUUCCAUUUCGUAAACAGAGUAGUCGUAAUGAUAACUGCACUUCUACUUCUUCCAGGAGAACAAGAAAUCGAUCACUAUCUUCUUUGUCCUCCUAUGAGUCCUCUAUAAUUAAUGAUAAUUUUAGUUCUAGAACGGUGAGAGACUCGCCGGAUUCGGGCUCUGUUAAUGCGAAGAGAGCUUCAAGUAACAGCAAAAUGGAAGUGGACAAGAUGAAGCAGGAUAAGAAGAGCAAGUAUUACUAUAUUCCUGAUAAUUUCUCAUCCCUUGAUCAGGUUACUGUAGCCCUGAGAGAAUCAGGACUGGAGUCAUCAAAUUUAAUUAUUGGGAUAGAUUUCACGAAAAGUAACGAAUGGACAGGUAAAGUUUCCUUCAACAAUAGGAGCUUGCAUGCAAUAGGCGAUUCACAAAAUCCAUACGAGAAAGCCAUAUCUAUCAUUGGAAAGACGUUGUCUCCAUUUGAUGAAGAUAAUUUAAUUCCUUGUUUUGGGUUUGGUGAUGUGACCACGCAUGAUCAAGACGUGUUUAGCUUUCACAGUGAUCACUCUCCUUGCCAUGGCUUUGAAGAAGUCCUAGCUUGCUACAGGAAAAUAGUUCCAAAUCUGCAAUUAUCUGGACCAACAUCGUAUGGGCCAGUAGUAGAUGCUGCAGUAGAUAUAGUGGAGAGAACUGGUGGACAAUACCAUGUGUUGGUUAUCAUCGCUGAUGGACAGGUUACCCGGAGUGUCGAUACGAGUGACAUGGAACUCAGCCCACAAGAAGAAAAGACAAUUAAUUCUUUUGUUACUGCAAGAUCAGUCCGGUUGCCUUGGCUGUCAAAAUAUUCAGCUUUAUAUAAUAUAAGGUCUUAUAAAAAAAAAAAAUACAAUAUAAGGUUAUCAUGGACGUGGAUAAAUAGUUGGCGUUGCAUGUUCUGGAGCAAAGUAGUAUAUUUGAUCUUGGCAAAGAGACAUCGUAUAAGCACUGGUGGCAAAUUGUUUUGUGGACACUAUCCACAAAUGUUUUCUGAUAACUCAGAUUCUAACUUCAGCUUGUCACUAGUUUCAUCUCUAUGUUACCUCUGGUGCUCCAUUUCACCCAAUUGGCCAUGGCUGUGUAUUGGUCAUGGAGGUUAAUGCAACUUAAAAAUGUGCAAAAACAGGUUUUCUGUAGAGUAGAAAGGGUCACUGCCUUCUCGACUACGUGGUUCUACUUUUUCUCUUUGUGAUGUCGUAACAAAAUCUGUCCUGAUAGAUGAGUUAGUAUUAAGAUAUCUUCUACAUCUCUUAUUAACAGAAUUUCUUAUAUAUAAAAUUAAAAUGAUACAAUUUUAUUAUAUAAUUUUUCCCUUUAACACAAAAGUCAAAGUAUGAUCUCACAUGUUUAUCAAUGUAUAUUAGAGAACUCAUUUUUAAAAUUUUCUGUUAAAAAUGCUACCAAAUGAAGAAUUGUUCAUUCUUUCCCUUGAGUACUUGAAUGAAUUCAAUUCUCUCUCUACUGCUUUGAUCAGUUCUUUGUGAACAAUGUGGAUAUCAUUUGAAAAUGAGUAGUUCAGAUAGAAUUGGAUCUUUGUUUGUAAGGCCUAAUGCAUGAAAGGACCCGUUUGGCCAUGAGAAUUAUUCACUUUUUUUUCGCUUUUUUCACUUUAUGGUGUUUAGCCAUAAAAUUUCCAAAUACAACUUGAAGUUGUAUUUGGAAUUUGGAAAACAACCAAAACCUUGUUUUUCACUUUUUCCAUUUUCUGUUUUGGACCUUUAACUUUGUUUUUCUGUUUUUAAUUUUUACCCCAAAAGUUUGUAUGUUGCUCAAUUUUUACCCUAAAAGUUCAUACAACUUUUUUCACUAGUUAGAGGCAACUUAUGUUGCUCAGUUGCUCUCCAGUCCGACAAACAUUGAACAUCAUGAACUAAAAAGCCUUUAAAAGAAAAGAAGCAGGUGGAAAUUUUGCAACAAAGCUAUAUUUAGAGAUGCUAUAUUUUCUGUGUAUACUAUAUAUUUUCUGUGUACACUAGUAAGCUUCCCAGUUGCAUCCUUUUGAUGGAAAGAAACCAUCAGUCUUGAGUACUUCAUAAGCUAAUAUCGAGUAUAGUUGCUAUAUUUCUCGCACUGGUUAUGUUUAUUAAUUGCUUUGGGUGGUUUUGCUAGUUUUUAGAAAUUGGGGGAUACAAAUCAUAUUUCAUGUUUUUAGAAAAAGUACAUUUCAACAACCAAAUAUUAUUUGCAAAAACUAUGGCCAAACACAACUCCAACUCCAACUUCAAAAAUUCCAUUUUGGUUUCUAAGGCCAAACGCCGUGUUGAGUAAGAUAUCUUCGAUCUUUUAUUAGAAGAAUUA